AUGGAGAACGUUAAUGUCGCCGAAUUGGUGGAGCGCCUGGGCAGCGAUGAAGAUGCCGUUCGGAAAAUGGCCGUCUUCAAGCUCCAGGGCAAUAUUGGCGAUCCUUCUUUCGCGGACCUCUUUAUCGCUGAGGGUGGAUUGACUCGUCUGCGAUACCUCACCCUCAAUGCGAGUGGGAAUACCCUCGCUUAUAGCCUGACGAGUUUUUCAAGACUGCUUGAUGUUGAUAAAGGGUGGGAGUGUGUCGAUGUGGAAUUGGUUGAGCGGAUCGUCCAAUUAAUCGUCACCCACCCCCUCGUCAACAUCCUCCGCGGCGCAAUGUCAAUCUGCGUCUCCGUCGUCUCCCACCCACACGCCGAAGGCCGCAACUCACCUCAACCCGAUAUGUUCGGCUUUCGCGCCCUAAAACCCGCCAUCGCUAUCUAUCCACAAUUCCUAGAAAUGCUCGUCAGUCGACUAUCCUCCGCUGACCAUGCGCUCUGCGCCAAUGCCCUCCAAUUGAUCAAUUCCCUGAUGCGCGACUCCAUCACCCACGAUUCCGAGGCUGAGUGGCCUAAGUUUAUUCAGAGAUUACAGGAUCUCGGUGUCAUUCGUGCGGUCUAUAAUCUUAUGCAGGACUCUGCGUUGCAGGAUCUUGCGCACCCGUUGCUGGAAUUUCAGUCUCUUACUAAGGUACUCCUGAGGAAGUGGAAGGAAAUUCCCCUGAAUCAGGAGAAGCCUGAGCAUCGCUGUGCGUUGAAGGGGAUUCAUUUGGCUAGUAAUCAGAAGGGCUCGGAGGAGGUUCUGGAAAAGGAGAAGUAUUCCACCAAUACAAAUACCACUACCGGCGACGACGCCAAACGUUCGAAACGACACCAUCCCGAAAAGUGGCGCCGACUGGGCUUUGAAUCCGAAAGCCCCGCGACAGAAUUCUACGGAGUCGGUUUCCUCGGCAUGGUGGAUCUGGCAGAUUACGUCCGCAGCCACCAGGAUGAAUUUCAAAAGAUGCUCCUAGAGCAAUCGACAAAGCCCUCCCGACAGCGCUGCCCAAUCGCGCGAGCCUCGUUGGCUGUAACAUCCAUCUUAUACGAACAUUUCGAAGUCGAUAAGUCCGAAAUGGACGAUUCGAAGAAUUACAUGCUUAUGGAUUCCCGAUCCAGUCUGGAUCGACUAUUCAGACCGUUACUAUUACACUGGACCCGUCUCCAUGUUGCGGGUUUACAAGCGUUCUUCCGAAUGUGGAAAGCUACGGCGGCGGAAAUUGAUGAUCUGGAUAAGCUUGUUGAAUUGGUUCGGAUUCUAAUCGAGUCUGUUGUCGGUGGUGCGGCGAGGACUAAAGACGUUCAAGAUGUUGAGGAGGAACUCGCUAAUUACGAGUAUGCCCGUUUGCGUGAGUUGCAGAUGGAAUUACUCGAACUUACGUAUGAAGAUGCUUGGGGUCAACAUCUUCGUCAGGUUAGGGAGGAACUUCAUCAUGAAGCUUUGCAGUUUGUUAAGGAGCAAAGGACUAGGUGUUUACUUCGUGGUGCUUGGUUCUCGAUGGAGGCGGGUUCUGGUUCUGGUUCGAAAUCCGAUCCGGUGGUGACGGGGAGGUCGUCGAAUGCAUCGCAUCAGUAUGUCCAGUUGUCGCAUAAUCGGCGAUAUCUUCAUUUUGGAGAGUUUAAUUCUUUGGGCGAACGGGCGCCGGAGUUGGAUGCGCUUCCGGAGAAGAUCGACCUCUCGACAGUCUCAUCGGUUGUAUCCAACAUCUCCGCCCCAGACAACACCUCCACAUCAACAGUGAAAACAGCCCCCCGAGCAGCGACAAAAAUCACCAUCCACGGCUACGCACCGUCUCCCACCAGCCAGGGCCACAGCCACUCCAAUUCCAAACAUCACCGCUCAACCUCCCGCUCAACGGCAAAAGAAAUAGUCCUCCUCGUCCUCCGUCCUUCCUCGCACAGUGAAGCUUCGGAGUGGUUGGAUGGUUUACUCAUGUUGUUGAAUCAACAGCCUAUUACGGCUGAGACGACGAAGUUAAUUGACCUCGUUGGUAAUUAUGGAUUGAAGAUUCGAUUGCUUAAUGUUCGCUUUGAUGAUGCUACGUUUGCGGGCGAGGCGCCGACUGUUCCGGGAGAGGGAGGGGUUGGAUGA